GGGAUUGAAAAAUUAGCUAUCAAAAUGGAAAAUAAAACUAGCUCAGAAGUGCUUUCUCGCACAGAAAUCAACCAGCUAUCAAGAGCUGGAAGAGCCAUUGUCAUCUUUGAAGGCGAAGUCUAUGAUGCCACUGAUUUCAAGGGCACACAUCCAGGAGGGCCUAAAUUUAUUGAUGAUUAUGUGGGAAAAGAUAUGACAGAAGUUUUCUAUGAAGAAGAACAUACUAAGAUCGCCCUAAGAAUGCUAAAAGAUAUGAAAAUUGGUACCCUAGAAUUUUCCAAUAGCGACCAAGUCAGCCAGGACACUGUCACCUCUCACUCAAGAAUGGAAGAGAUUGAGGGUGAGGAAUGGAGAAAGAAGGUAAACCCUAAACUAGGAACAGUCUGGCAAGUGUUUACUAACCUGGACCAUGAAGAGUACAACAGCUUUAUUAAUGACCCUAAGCACCUUACACGUCCUGGAGAUGAACAUAUAAUGUUCGCUAACCCUGUGCUGGAGUUUUUCUCGAGAACUCCUUGGUACCAUGUAGCCCUAUUCUGGACCCCCAUUGCCUUGUAUAAGCUUUAUCAAGGAUCUUUUGAGCUGUCUCUUUUAGAAUAUCUGAUGACGAUAUUAUUUGCUAUAGUCAGCUGGACUUUUGCUGAAUACGCAUUGCAUCGUUUUAUCUUUCAUAUGGAAGUUUGGAUGCCUGAUAAUGCAUAUCUUCGUACGCUCCACUAUAUCUUCCACGGUAUCCAUCAUUCAUUCCCAAUGGAUCCGGAUAGGUUAGUGUUUCCUGUGACACUAGGGUUUAUCGCAUGGCAAAUCUUUCACUUUGCAUGGGUUCAUAUCUUUCCAGCAUGCAUGAUCAACACUUAUGCAGGCGGAUUUUUGAUGUCAUACAUGUUAUACGACCUGGGCCACUACUACUUUCAUCACAGUCAACCUCUAAAGAUAGUGGAGUACCGUAAGAAAUAUCAUAUGUAUCAUCAUUACAAGGAUCCAGAUAAUGGCUAUGGAAUCUCAACUAGCUUCUGGGACCAAAUUUUCGGUACAGAACUCAACAUGGCUAAAAAGCAAAAGUAAUUAUAACCUUUAUGGUAACAUAAGGGUCAUAAUCAAGAAUCAAUC